UUAAUAUUUACUUAUUCAUAUAUUACGUGCCUGCGAAUGUCGGUAUGCAAGCCACUCUAAACAAGUCACACACACGUGUUGUCUCCAUGGAGAUCGCAGGUGUGUAAAAAUGGAGAUUGAUCCGAAAUUCACGUUCGUGCCGUUGAAUGAAAAAAUCUACACCGGGAUUAACGACAAAAAUACGCAGGAAUAUCUGUGUAAAUGGGGCAUAAAGGGGAAUUUUGUCAUCCAGAAUUUUUCAUUCAACGAAUCGUUCCAGCAGUAUCAUAAAUAUCAGCUCGCUAAUGCGUUUUUUAAAGAUGAUACUGUUGCAAAAGCACUGCUGUCCAAACAAGGCUGCGCCUGGGUAAAGCAAGGUAUACGAGCAUCAAAUGUGCAGGUAAAACAAGUGCCAUGUUCAGUCUUAAAUAUGUCGUUCUUCAAUAAACUGAAGGAUCCGAAUAACGGGAUUGUGAAUAAUUCUGGGAUGAUCUGUAAAAGAUAUGAUUUGCAAGUAGAAGAUUUUCUGGUGUCUGACAAUCUGCGUGGUAUGCUUCUGGAUGAAGAGUCAGAAGAAUACAAUCUAUAUUCGGAAGACGAGAAACGUGAGUUUGCAUUCCGAAUUUUUCAAAUGUUCGUUCUUGGUGGAACAUUAUGUCAGUACGAAGAUGCACUGCAACCGUACCUCGAUGUUACUAAAACUAUCUAUAAGGAUGUCAUAAGAGUUGAGAAACAGAAUACUUCAAAUGAUUUGUUCGUAAGCACUUUAGUGUUAGAAAUAGUAGCCAAGGAUGGCAAAGACCAAGACUACUUUCCAUCUGAUUCCAGCAACAGGCAAAAUAUUGCAUUUCUAUUGAUAGACGCUACUUCUCACGAAAUCACGACUUUUAUACAUCAAUAUGGAGUUGGAGAUCGCGCUUUGCUAAUCGUAAAGUGGGGAAGGAUAUCUCGGAGUAAAAAGGAGUGAUUCAAUCGACAGGCGAAUGAUAACGAAGUAUAGAGUAGUGGGGAUAUCUAUGUGAAUGUACAUUUCUUUCACCAGUAUUACUCAGAGCUCGUGGCGUACCACAAGUGAUACGUUCCGCGGCCUAUCUGUUUCUCAAGUUUUACCCAAAGUUCUCGAAAUUCUUUCUCGGGACAAUUACUUGAGAUAAAAAUUGUAUCUGUGCAUGACUUUGCGAUGGACAUGUGUUUGUACAUUAAUUUGUUUACUGUGUUUUUUUUUUCAUGGAGAUACUUGGUCCGCUAAUCUUUCAUAUUGUCGAAUCCAAGAAAAUUUAAGUGAUUGGUUCCUGAUAAUUUAUCUAUUUCUGAAACAUCUUAGUCGAAUCAUCAGUCCAUUAUUUCACAUUGAAAAGGACUUUUUCGAAAAGAUUCGACUACUCGAUAAAACGUUAGCUUAAUGAUGACUAAUGAGUCCAGAUAAAGUGUUUCGUGCUUACGUCAGUUCUAAAAAAAGUAUCAAAUGGUAUUUGUCGUGCCUUAUUUGUUUUCAUAAAAGGAUUUAAUUGUUUACAAUAUCGUAAUAAAAUAAAAGUUAUGUAUCUUUGUUGAUAACUUUUUUUUUAAUUGUAAUCUUUUUUUCAUGCAGAAUUUUAUUCAUAUAUAGCUUCAGAUUUGAUUACUUUCGAGAUUAAAAAAUUCAAUUGACCUCGAUAUGUAUAUGCAUAAUGUUUUACUUCGGGAAUCAUUUGUAAGUAUCUGUAAAAUAUUCUUGGAGUCGUAUUGCGUGUCACGAAUUACUGUUAUUAGAACAUUAGGUAGUACACAUUCUUGCGUGACAUUCAUGAGUCAGUCAACGUUUCGCGUUGUAAUUAAAGUUACAACAAUUACUUAAAAGAACUACUACAUAAUAAGGACUAAUUUAUUAGUCUGUUUUUAUUAGUAUUAGUCUGUUGCAUUAUAAGAAUUACUUGCAUCACAAGAAUUACUAGUUAUCCGAAUAUUAUAAACUUGAUAAAAAAUUUGGGUUUAUUCAAAAAACGUUAAAAAAUCCCUUUGUUUUAUAAAAUAAGCAUAUAAUUUUAUAUUACAGUUUUAAAAAAACAGAUGUUGACAUCUUAUCCCAAAUUCGUAAGAAUUAAACAUGUUGCUACGAAUAAUAAUAAGAUUCAAUCUUAAUUCCAAUA